AAGCAUGGCUGGCGACAUAGUGAAACAAGAAAGGCUUAGAAAAGGCUUGAAAUCUACUAUCAAAUAGACAAGCUAAACUUCAUAUUAAGGAAGAAGUUUUGGACUGGACUACAAUACUAAAUUACAGAGGGAGGAGCCAAACACUAGUACACCAGUAUAGACGAAACCCCUACUGACAAAUAUUUAAUGUUAAAGGUGAAGAUAAUUUUCUGGGAUAUGCUUUAACCAACUCUCCUGGUGCAGUUUUUAGCUCAUUUGAUCUUAUGAUCAGAUUAUGGAGUAAAAUUAGUUUGCCAAUGCACAUCAAUCGUAUGAGAAGGAUACAGGUCACUAGUUUGAUAGAAAGCCUGAAAGAGAACUACAAAAAUCAGAUAGAGUUAUUGAAUACAAAUGUCGGUAACCAGCCUACCAUAGUUCCAGUUUUAAUCGAUACUUGGGUUUCUCAAUUGCAAACCUGUGCUGCCAUGAAUUCACUCCGUGAAGGAAAGCAAGUCCAUGCUCGCAUCCUUACCGCUGGGAUCGAACAAAAUGUUUAUUUGCAAACUAGUCUUAUGAACAUGUAUUCGAGGUGUGGAAGCUUCUCCAGUGUACAACUCGUUUUCGAUAGAAUUAUUCGCAAAAACAGUGUCACAUGGACUGCCAUGGUUACGGCCUCUGUAAGGGAUGGUUUAUUUGAGGAGGCUCUUAUUUUAUAUUACGAAAUGCAAUGGGUUGGCGUAAAACCCGAUAGUUUUAUGUUUCCGUGUGUUCUCAAGGCAUGUGGGGGUUUUUCGGCUCUGCAACAUGGUAAAGGAGUCCAUGGUUAUAUAAUUACAAGAGGUUUUGAGAGAGACUGCUUUGUGCUCAAUGCUCUCAUUGAUAUGUAUGUGAAAUGCGGGGAGUUGCAGGAUGCGCGCCAAAUAUUUGAUGAAAUGUCUCAAAGAGAAGUUCAGGAUGCACAUCAAGCGUGUGACAGGGUACCUUAUAGAGAAAAGCGGGAUACACACGAAAUGUUUGAUAAAAUUCCUUGUAGUCAUUUACAAGAUUCAGUCCAACUGUUAACGAAGCUUCCUCAAAGAGACUUAAAGGAUACACACCUAGUGUUCAAUGGGAUGUCUCAAUGUGAAUUUCAGGACAGAUCAUCCCAAAGAGAUUUGGUCUCCUGGAACAUGAUGAUUUCCGGUUAUGCCCAAAACAGGUGCACUGAACAGGCUUUAGAGCUCUUCCUUCGGAUGUUGUCGAUUGGGUUGGAACCAGAUUCAUACACUAUUGUGAGUAUUCUAUCGGUGUCUGCUCAAAGGGAGGCUCUUAAUCAGGGCAAAGAGGUACAUAAUUAUGCAAUUAGAAGAAGACUGGAUUCACAUGGGACUGUCCAGGGCGCCCUUUUAUCUAUGUAUGCUGAUUGUGGUUGUAUAAGUUAUGCCCGUAUAAUUUUUGAUGAAAUGUCUCAAAGAGAUGUAGUAUUAUGGAAUGCAAUGAUUGCAGGUUAUUCUCAGAACGGUCAUUGUGAAGAUGCCUUGAGACUUUUUCAUUCCAUGCUAAUAGAAGGUAUGGAACCCAACUCAAUUACAACUGUCAGUAUCCUCCCUGUUUGUACAUCUCUUGGUGUUCUUCAUCCAGGAAAGCAGCUCCAUAGUUUUAUAAUCAGGAGUGGGUUAUUGUCAAAUGUUGUUGUGGCGAGUGCUCUUCUGGCGUUGUAUUCGAAAUGUUGUUGUGUGGAUGACGCUUGCCAUUUGUUUGACAAAAUAUCCCAGAGAGAUGUUGUCUCGUGGAAUGGGAUGAUUGCAUGCUAUACCGAGAAUGGGUACCAUGACAAAGCCCUGAAAUUAUUUCACCGAAUGCAGGAGGCAGGAGUCAAACCAGACUCUGUUACUAUUGCUAGUGUCGUAUCAGUAUGUACCCACUUAGAAAGUCUAGAACAGGGAAAGGAAAUUCAUAACUAUUGUAUAAGAAACGAAAUUAACUUGGAUGUUCUUGUGGGUAGUGCUCUUAUUGAUUUGUAUGCUAAAUGUGGGAGUAUAGAGGUUGCACGACAUGUGUUUGACAGCAUCUCUCUAAGAGAUGUUAUUUCCUGGACUGCAAUGAUUGCAGGAUGUGGGAUGAAUGGACUAGGAGAAUAUGCAAUUUCUCUUUUCCAUCAAAUGCAGCAGGAAGGUAUAAAGCCAGACUCUGUCAGUUUUACUGCUCUUCUAACUGCUUGCAGCCAUGCUGGUCUUGUGUACGAAGGCAUGCAUUACUUUGAAGUUAUGAGUAAGAACUAUUGCAUUGAACCCAACGUAGAGCAGUAUAGCUGCAUGGUGGACCUCCUUGGCCGAGCUGGGCGCUUGGCUCAGGCACAUGACUUGGUAAAAGGGAUGCCAUUUGAAGCUAAUGCUGAUGUCUGGGGAGCAUUGCUUGGUGCCUGCAGAAUCCAUAUUGAUAUAGAGUUAGCAGAAGAAGUGGCAAGACACCUUUUUGAGCUUGAACCUGAAAAUGUUGGAACUUAUGUUCUCCUUUCAAAUUUAUAUGCAGCAGCUGGAAGGUGGGGUGAUGUAGGAAGGAUGAGAAAAAUAAUGAAGGACAAGGGAUUAAAAAAGACUCCAGGCUGCAGCUGGAUCCGGCUUCAGAACAGAGUGCACAAAUUUGUUGUGGGGGACAUAUCACAUCCACAGGUGGAGAAAACUGGACAAAUGUUACAGAGCUUGUAAGGGCAGAUAGAAGCUGCAGGGUGUACCCCAUUUACAAAAUGUGUACUGCAUUGCGUGGGCAAUGAUAGGCAAGAAAUAUUUACUUGAUACAAACUGUGUGCUGCAUCCUAUGGAUGAUGAUUAGGAAGAAAAUAUUGUUUGAGGUUAUAUUGAGAAACUUGCUAUCGCUAGGGACACCUAUCUGGAUAACCAAGAACCUGCGUGUGUAAAAUGAUAUACUCUAGAUGAUGACUAGGAAGAAUUCUUUGAGGGCAUAUUUAGAAACAUGCCCUUAAUAGGGACAUGUAUCUGUAUAAUCAAGAAUCUCUGUUUCUACAGUGACUGCAACGUAGCCACCAAGUUUACUCCAAGAUUGUAAGAUGAGAAACUAUAUUGAGAAAUGCUUCUUAUUUCCACCAUUUUAAUGAUUGCCAUUUUCUGUCGGGACUAUUGGUGAUGCCCACAGCAAAAUUAACGAACUAAAACAUUUAUAUACAAGGCAAUCGUUUCCGUAGUGGCUACAUAAUAUGUAGCGCUUAUGCCUGGCGCAAAUGAGUAUUCGAUAUCUCCAAAGAUGAAAGUUCUUGUGUUCAACAAAUAUUCUGUAUUUUAGGCACAACAAUUAUAUGAAAAAAUGAAUUCAAGAAAUGUGGUGUCAUGCAUUGUAACUGC